AGACAAUCCGUAUCAGCGUGCUUGAUAAUAAGGGAGUACAUCAGUAGUUGUUUCCCUUCAACUCUUAUUCCCCUCUUCUUCCACUUUUAUUUUUUUCUUCCCACUUCAGUUUCCCGCAAUCUGAGCGUAAGUGGGUGUGUCAAAUGUACUCUAGUGCUGGGUAGUACUUGGGUAGGCUACGCACUCUGAAAAGAGGAAAAAGUUCAUCAUGAGUUUAGUCUGAAACCCGCCCUGGACUACAAGGAUGGCUGUCUGGACACGAGCGGACAAAAAUGGUCAAUUAGACCUUUUGCUCCGGGACCGCUGGAUUCGGGUAACGGCCGAAUUGACCCGCGAGACUUUAACAUUAACGGCUGAAGCUGAGUUAAGCGGGUACGGGAACAACUUGGACUAUAACAAUUCAACGGGCCUGCGAAAUGGAAUGUCGAACGGAAACGAUCCAGGGUUAGUGUCUGGAAAUUCGAACCGUGGUCAGACGUCGAACUCGGAACAAACUCAGAACCAUUGUGCGCUCGGACGAAGUGGUAGCCCUGUGCGUGGGGGCAUCAACCGGGGUCACUACGACGGUUUUAAAAGCCCUCAUAAGUAUAAUCGUGAUAACGGUACGAACUCUGAUUUUGGUAGCCCGGGGUCCAGUUGUGGUAGUCCUGGAUCCAGCUUUAGUUCCAGGCAUGGCGAAACUUCAAUCAAUGUAGAAUCCGGCGCUUCGGAAGCUGUGCGUAAAGUUCGAGUUGUAAAACAAGAGUCUGGCGGGUUGGGAAUCAGCAUCAAAGGUGGUCGAGAAAAUCGAAUGCCCAUCCUCAUAUCCAAGAUAUUCCCCGGACUUGCAGCUGAUCAGAGUCGGGCUCUUCGGGUGGGGGACGCGAUCCUGUCAGUCAAUGGAAAUGACCUCAGGGAGGCUACGCAUGAUCUGGCGGUGCAAGCUCUUAAAAAGGCCGGGAAAGAGGUUACGCUUGAGGUGAAAUAUAUCAGAGAGGUUUCCCCACUGUUUAAGAAGCCCUCCUUGGUGGCAGACCUGCCGUGGGAUGGGGUGCGCCCUCAGUCCCCCAACUUCAGUGGUAGUGAGGACUCGGGGUCCCCCAAACACAGCGGAGCUAAGGACAGGAAGGUGAUCCCCCUAAAAAUGUGCUUCAUCAGCAGGAACCUAACCAUGCCUGACUUGGAAAACAGGCUUCUGGAGCUUCACUCACCUGAUGGCCAGCACACGGUGGUUCUGCGCUGUAAGGAUGGCCCCAGUGCUCACUCCUGGUUCACAGCCAUCCACACCAACAUUGCUGCCCUGCUGCCUCAGACCCUAGCACACAUCAACUCCUACUUGGCCACAACCGGGUCACACCCCCAACUGAAACACAUCAGCUGGCUGGCAGAACAGGUCCAGUUGGAGGGUGGGCGGCACCAGUUUCGACCAGUCGUCAUGGCACUGACAGAGAAAGAUAUCCUGCUGUUUGAAUCUGUUCCAUGGAGCCUUGAGGCCUGGUCCACACCCCUGCUCACACACCCCUUACUGGCCACCAGACUGGUGCACUCUGGCAGUGCCCGCAGUUCCCAGGCGCAGGGGGCGGACCUGGUGUUUGGCACACGAACGGGAACUGGCCGGGGCAUCGAGUCCCAUGUGUUCAGGGUGGAGACGCAUUGGGACCUGUCUUCUUGGACCCGGGCUCUGGUGCAGGGGGGGCAUUCUGCCGCGGAACUCAUUAAGGAGGUCUCUAUCGGUUGUAUGCUGAACAGGCAGGACGUUCGCCUCACACUCCAUUAUGAGAAGGGCUUCACCGUGACCCGGGAGCCAGGCGAGCCCGCAGGCGGUGCUGUGCUUUUCAGAUAUCCCUUCGAGAAGCUCAAGAUGUCUGCAGAUGAUGGAAUUCGCAACCUCUACCUGGACUUUGGAGGCCCAGAGGGUGAAAUGGUGUUUGACCUGCACUCUGGGCCCAAGCCUGUGGUAUUUGUUCUUCAUUCUUUCCUGUCAGCCAAACUGACUCGCCUGGGCCUGCUGACGUGAAGAAAGAAGAGGCUAGGGCCAGAAACAUAACCAUUAAUAUUUCUCUUUUUUCUAUGUAUCAUUCACCACAAGCCUUCUAUAUGUCUGUGCUUUAUGUACCGUGCUUUCAUGUGGAUACAUGUUUUUUUAAGAGCAGUGUAUGUCUAUGGUCAUGUCUUUGUAAAUGCAAUUGGUUUGUUGACUGAGUAUUAGUGACCAAGAGCAUUACUGUGAGUGUGAAUGGGUUCCUAUGGUUGUAUUUGUUUUGGGUUUAUAGAAUGCAUGUCACCCAAACACUGAUUAUCUACCACAUUAUCCAAAAUGAUAGUUAUAAUCAGGAUUACCAACUGUGCCUUGUUAAAUGUAGUCAUAAAUGCGAUUUCUAUUGUGUGUAAAAGUUUUUUGUCAAAAGCUAUUAAGGUUUUAAAGCAAAGUAAGCUUUGAACAACGUGCACAUGAAUAGUAUUAUUCUUAUAUUGCAAACAUUAUUUCUGUACUGUUUUUAAGAUUGUUAUUAUGUGUAUGUAUAUCCUGUGUUUAGCAUGACUUGAAUAUGUGAUUUGUCCACAAAAUCACACCGUAACUAACACCAGUGACCUAUGUUACCUGCCAAAGUCACCCUGCCCUCCAGUAGGCUAGCCACACUGCCAGACAAGUGUCCCAUGCUGCCUGAGAACACCACUUCCCUUUACAAAUAAGUUCCAAGCUAAUGCUUUUUAUCAGUGCUCGUGUGGUCACUAACUAAGCUAAUCUGCCAUUUUCUGCGCUAUUCCAUUUCUCUGUUUCUUUUGGAAGUUCCAGAUGGAAGCUAUGAAGACAUGAGAUAUACCUUCAAUAAGCAUCCCCACUAAAGUCCCUGACUCACUAGCUUUCACCUAAGCGGUCUGGGGCAGGGUUGUGCUCCUUUAAUGCAUAAUGGUAAUAUUAUACCAUUUAAACACCAUGUCAGCUGCAGUAUGGUACUUUUUCCCCCCAAGCUUUCUCUCUCAAUCUUCGAAAGAGCCUUCAUAUACAAUUAGUGAAAGGAAGCUUUGGAUGCAUUUACUAGCACAAAUCAAUUAUUCUAUUUUCAUGUUUUAUCUAUAAGCUUAUCAUCUUCCUAUAUGUGCCCUCUGGACCAUUGCCAGGGGAUGACCACGUGAUUGCCCCAACAGCUCAGUAUGUAAGGAGAUAUUGUAAGUGGGGCCUAGUGGAUGCUGCCAAUGGUAUGUUGGAACUCUAUCCCAAUUUAGUCUCUACAUCUAAUAAUGGAUAUUUCUUGGUAUCAUUACAAAUCUGAACUGUUUCAUUUUUAGCUUGAUAGUUACCUCAGUUUACCCAUGAAUGUAUUUCACACAAUUUGACAGGAAAAUGUUUUAACUCUUAGCCAUUGUUGUCUUCCUUUUGGUUCUGGGUUUGGAGCUAUAUACUGUUGUUGCAAAGCCAAGCUUUUUUCUCUCCAUUUAAGGGUUUUUAAAACCAAAGUUAGCUGUGGAAGCUUGCGUUUGACACAAUCACAUAGCAAAAAAUGCAUAAAAGUUGCUGCUGCAAACCUGUUGUAUGCAAAGUAUUUUAGACUGCACUCUAAGAUAUAUGCAAUGUAUGAUAAUAAUGUAAUCUAAAAUGUAAAUAACUAUAAGAAUAAAACAUGUCCAACUAUAA